CCCCAUCCUUUCAAAGCCCCCAGCCGUCGUCUUCAUCGUCGAGAGGAGAGAGAAAGAAGAAAGAGGAGAGAGAAAAUGAGGAGGUUCGAUCCAUGGGGGGUCUUCUUCAAGAGGGAGUGGAACCGAAACUGGCCUUUCCUCACCGGAUUCGCCAUCACCGGAGCCCUCAUCACCAAGCUCACCGCCGGCCUCACCGAGGAGGACGCCAAGAACUCCCGCUUCGUCCAGGAGCACAACAGGUGAACUUCAUCGGUUGAUGUGGUGUGGCUGACACAUUCGCUCUUCUUUUGGAUGAGACUCCCUGAUUUUCUGUUAUGUUUCCCCAUAAAACUUGAGACAUUGUUUUGUUGAAGCAAUAUGGAUUUCCCCUUCCCUACGAUUAAAAUAAAAGGUCAAUAUGUGUUCUCUGACUAGUCCUGGCCUUUUAAUGUUUUCUGAUAUAAAUGAAACACAAAUUUGAGAUUUUUACUGUUUGUCUCUGAUUGUAAACCCGAGAUGUUUUCAGGCAUUUAAUUGAUCUUGUUUUUCUUGCAAUA